AUUGUUAGUAAUAGUAAUACUGUUAGCGGUGUUGAUAUUAAUACAACAUCGGGUGUCGUACGCGGACAGACCAUUCAUAUACAGACCAGACUAUUGGACGCUAAGAUCGAUCAAUGGUUAGGCAUACCAUAUGCCGAACCACCUGUCGGUGACCUGAGGUUUAGAUAUCCAGUGCCGUUCACUCAGAGUAAAGUUGUCAUCGACGCUACCAAAGCUAAAAACUCAUGUAUUCAGACAACAUCAGCGACGAAGCGCCGACUGUAUGGUAAUCUGACUUUCAGUGAGGACUGUCUGUUUUUGAAUGUCUGGAGACAGUCGACAACAUCACCGACAAAACAACAACAGGAGGCGUCCAGUUAUGAUGACGAUGAGCUCAAACCGGUUAUGUUUUGGAUAUACGGUGGCGGACUAAAUACUGGAUCGAUAUUUGCCCGUACAUACAACGGUUCGGCACUGGCAGCACAGGGAGUAGUGGUAGUGUCGGUUAACUAUAGGUUGGGAAAGUUUGGAUUUAUGUACGGCGGAAGCGAGGCACCGGCUAAUGUCGGUCUAUACGAUCAACUAUUGGGUCUCCAAUGGGUCAGAGAUAAUAUACACCGGUUUGGUGGUGACAAAGAUCGGGUAACCAUUUUUGGACAGUCAGCCGGCAGUUGGUCAGUGAUGUCGCACAUACUGUCGCCACUGUCCAAAGGGUUGUUUCAGAGGGCUAUUCUCCAAAGCGGAGCACUACUGUUCAAUAAGGCCAGGGAUGUAAUCAGCAAACAGGAGGCACUACAGGCAUCACGCGAAAUGGCCGAUAGAUUAAACUGUACCGAUGAUCGACAAUGGAUACAGUGUUUGCGUCGGGUAUCGCCCGAUGAGUUGCUCAAACAUAACAGUUUUCUAACGCAACCGAUAUUUGAUAGUCCAUUCCUACCGUUUAGGACACAGUCGGCAUUGGCUAAUAAACUAUACAAUUCAGACAUUGAUCUGUUGGCCGGUGUGACUGCCGAUGAAGGACAGGGACUACUUAAUGGGCUAAUCAAUCCAAAUACUACCGUUACGGUGGAUGUAUUCAAAAUGUAUGUCCAACUAUUGAAUUCAGUGUUUCAUAACAUAGAUGUCGAAACUAUGAACGAGUUUUAUUUGAAAUCGAUUAACCGAACCGAUUCGCCGGCACUGAAACAUCGGUUCGGCGAUUUGGUUGGCGAUCUGGUAAUCAAAUGUCCCACUUAUUUGUUUGCCAAACAACUGGCCAAACAGCGGCGGCAGCCGGAAAACAAUGUCUACUUCUAUGAGCUGACCUAUGCUAGCGAUUUGUUUGAACGGCUAAAAAAUUGCGAUCCAGUAGUCGAUGGCAUAUGCCAUGAAUCGGACAUACCGUUUGUGUUUGGACUGCCUUAUCUGUAUCCGGAAGGCUAUGAAAAGGAGGACUAUUUUUUUAGCCGCUGGUCAAUGAAAUGGUGGACCGAUUUUGUGAAAAAUGGUGUACUGGACAACGAUUGGGCCCAAAUGUUGGGUCCGGGCAAUGUGACCAAGGUAAAAAAUUGGAACCCCCUGGACUUGACUAAAAUUAUGCAACACGUGUUUGACGACACGUGCGACGGUGUUUGGCAAUCAUACUAUUUAUAGAUAUUUCAAUACUUUACUUAAGUCAACAA